UUGGAUUAGAAAACAUUCCAUCUGUCAAGGAAGUGGGACGGGACUUUAAAAAAUGGAGCAAAAACUUUAAAACUGAAGAUUUAUUUUCAUAUUAAGGAACUAAGCUGACUUACAGACGAAGUCGGAGCCUCUGGAUAAAAUGUUUGUUUUUAUAUGAAGAAGUUUUAGGCUGAUAUCGUCGCUCAGGUCCGUGUGGAGGAUGGCUGGAGUUUUAACGUUUUUAAAGCUGGGGCUGAAGUUGGACGUCCUGAGAGAAGCUGGCCGUCAGUAUCCAGUCUUCUGCUUCCUGCUGCUGUCUAUGCUCUCCCUCACGGUGCUGCUCAACAGGUAUAUCCACAUCCUGAUGGUGUUCUGGUCGUUCCUGGCUGGCGUCGUCACUUUCUACUGCUCCCUCGGACCCUCCUCCCUCCUCCCAAAUAUCUAUUUUAAUGUCAAACCGAGGAGUAGACGGCAGGAGCAGGAGUUGUUUCCUCUGGGUCACAGCUGUGCCGUGUGUGGGAAGGUCAAGUGCAAACGUCACAAGCCGACUCUGCUCCUUGAGAACUAUCAACCAUGGUUGGACCUGAAGGUUCAUUCAAAAGUGGACGCUUCGAUAGCAGAGGUGUUUGAGUUAGUCCUGGAGAACUUUGUGUACCCCUGGUACAGGGACAUCACAGAUGACGAGGCGUGUGUGGAUGAACUGAGGAUGACUUUUCGCUUCUUUGCUUCGGUGCUCCUCCGCCGGGCUCAGAAGGUGGACGUCCCUGCUGUAUUUGCAGACAAAGUGAUGAAAGCUGCAAUGAAGCAUGUUGAAGUCAUCACAAAAGCUCGACUCAAAGUGAACAGUCUGGAAGGUCUACAGCAGGCAGGAUUGGAUGAAUACGGUCCGGACCUCCACAUCGCUCUGCGCAGCCGCAAAGACGAGCUGCUGUACCUGAGGAAGCUGACUGAGAUGUUGUUCCCCUUCGUCAUGCCUCCAAAAGCCACAGACUGCAGGUCUCUGGCUCUGUUGAUGCGGGAGGUGAUGGCGGGAUCCGUCGUUUUACCAACAAUGGAUUUCAUGGCUGACCCGGAUACGGUGAACUUUAUGGUGCUAAUAUUUGUAGAUGACACACCACCUGAACCAGCGACUGAACCUCCGUCUGCCCUGGUCCCAUUUUUACAGAAAUAUGCCAAUGCCAGCAACAAGAAGCCGUCUCAGGUGCUGAAGUUGGAGCUGAAGGAGAUCCGGGACGAUCAAGAUCUCCUCUUCCGAUUCAUGAACUUCUUAAAGCAGGAAGGAGCCGUACACGUGCUGCAGUUCUGCCUCACUGUGGAGGAGUUUAACGAUAAGAUCCUGAGUCCAGAGCUGAGCGACUCUGAGCUGCAGCGUCUGCACGGCGAGGUGGUUCACAUCUACGAGACCUACUGUCUGGAUGAGAGCAUUGACAAGAUCAGCUUUGACCAGUUCAUCGUGGAGGAGAUCAGGAACAUUGCUAAAGGUCCGUACAGCAGUGUGGUGAAGCUACAGACGAUGCGUUGCCUGUUUGAGGCGUAUGAGCACGUCCUGUCUCUGUUGGAGAAAGUCUUCACUCCGAUGUUCUGUCACAGCGAUGAAUAUUUCAGACACCUGCUGAGAGGAGCUGAGUCUCCAACCAGAAACUCAAGAAUCAACAGAAAUAGCUUCAUUUUAGAGGAGAGCAGGAACUUGUCUAAAAGAGGUGAGUCAUUCGGGAUCAGCAGAAUCGGCAGUAAAAUCAAAGGUGUGUUCAGAAGCACGACUAUGGAGGGGGCCAUGCUGCCGCCCAGCGCCAUGAACGACGUAGAAGACGACACGGUGGAGGAGGCGACCGUGGUGAUGGAGGACGACUCCAUGGUGGAGCCAGCCAGCACGCCAGGCACCCUGAGGAACCUGUCGGCCUGGAGCAUCACCAUCCCUUACAUCGACGUCUACGACGACGAGGCCAAGAGGGAGAAGAUCCCGGUCUUCUGCAUCGAUGUGGAACGCAACGACAGGAAGGAAGUGGGUCAUGAUACUGAGAAGUGGUCGGUUUUCAGAAGAUAUUUGGAGUUCUAUGUGCUGGAAUCCAAACUCACUGAAUUUCACGGAACGUUUGCAGAUGCACAGCUUCCAUCCAAGAGAAUCAUUGGACCAAAGAAUUAUGACUUCCUCGUGUCAAAAAGGGAGGAGUUUGAGGAAUAUUUGCAGAGACUCCUGCAGCAUCCAGAGCUCAGUAACAGUCAGCUGUUGGCAGACUUCCUGUCUCCACACAGCAUGGAGUCUCAGUUCUUGGACAGGAUGCUGCCGGAUGUCAACCUCGGAAAAAUUUUCAAGUCAGUUCCAGGGAAACUGAUAAAAGAGAAAGGACAGAAUCUGGAGCCGUUCAUCCAGUCCUUCUUUAACUCCUGCGAGUCGCCCAAACCUAAACCGAGCCGACCCGAGCUGACCAUCCUCAGCCCGACUGCAGAGAACAACAAGAAGCUUUUCAACGACCUUUUCAAGAACAACGCCAACCUGAUGGAGGGUUCAGAUAGGAAACACAACCACAACUACUUCAUGGAGAAGGUCACCGUCAGCGGCAUGUACGACUACAUGAUGUAUGUGGGCCGGCUGGUGUUUCACAUCUCCGACUGGCUGCACCACGUCCUAGCUGCAGGGAGGAUCCUCUUCAAGAAUUCGUUUGAGGCCUACAUGGAUCACUACAUGCAGUCCAAACUGGAGCAGGUCCUGCAGGAGCACCACAUGGUGUCCCUCAUCACCCAGCUGAGAGAUGCUGUGUUUUGUGAAAACAGUGAUGAGCGAACGGCAGAAGACAAAAAGGUCAGAGCCAAGCAGACGUUUGAGGAGAUGAUGAAGUAUUUACCAGACUUUGUGGUAAAGUGCAUCGGCGAGGAGGCAAAAUACGAAGGCAUCCGGCUCCUCUUCGACGGUCUCCAGCAGCCGCUCCUCAACAAACAGAUGACGUACGUGCUGCUGGACAUCGCUGUGCAGGAGCUUUUCCCUGAACUCACCAAGGGAGUGAAGGACGCCAUCGUGGUGUGAAUCAGGACGCCAUCGUGGACACAGUGAACACUACUCUCUCUCUUUCCUCCUGGAUCAGACGUGCAAUAAACCGGAGCUCUCUCCAAACCCUGUAGAUCAUUUUACACUCCAGUGUACAUUCAUGCACUAAUAAACAUAUUUAUUGAUACCAA